AUGUAAAAUGAAUUGCCUAAGAAUUAGUCAAUAGGACAAUAUAUUUUUAGUAAUUCAAAAAUAUGAUAAUUUAAAGGUAAGACUUUGGGACAAGGAACUUUUGGAAAAGUAAAAUUGGCUACUCAUAUUUUAACAGGAGAGAAAGUUGCAAUUAAAAUAUUAGAAAAAUAGAAGAUAUGUGAUUAAUCUGAUAUUGAACGUGUAACUAAAGAAAUUCAAAUAUUAAAGAAGGUACGUCAUCCAAAUUUAGUUUAAUUGUAUGAGGUACUAUUUUUGAGUUUUUACUAGAUAAUAGAGACACCUAAAUAGUUAUUUUUAGUAAUGGAAUAUGUAAAUGGAGGGGAACUCUUUGACUAUAUAGUACAAAAUCAACGCAUAAAAGAUGUUGAAGCAAUCAGAUUUUAUAGUUAAUUGAUUUCAGGCAUUGAAUAUCUUCACAAACUACAAAUAGUUCAUAGAGAUCUUAAACCUGAAAAUCUAAUACUUGAAGGGAGAGGCAAAAUUAAAAUAAUAGACUUUGGGUUAUCUAAUUUUUAUCAUUAAGAUGAAUUAUUAAAAACAGCAUGUGGAUCACCUUGUUAUGCUGCUCCAGAAAUGAUUGCAGGUAAAAAAUACAAUGGUCUACAAAUUGAUAUAUGGAGCUCUGGUGUAAUAUUAUUUGCCAUGUUGGCAGGAUAUCUUCCUUUUGAAGAUCCUAAUACAUCUUAGUUAUAUAAGAAAAUAAUAUCAGGAGAUUUUAAAUUUCCAAAAUACAUUUCAUAAGAGGCAAAAGACUUAAUUAAGAAUAUAUUGAAUGUUGAUCCAUUAAAAAGAUAUACUAUUUUAGAUAUACGUAAACACAGCUGGUUUAGUUUUUGUAUAAAUUGAAUCUUAUAAAGUUUUAUUAAGACAAUUAAAAAAUACCAACUGGUCUCAUUGUUGGUUAACAUAGAAUACCAAUAGAUCCUGAAAUAGUUAAAUAGUUGAUUCAAUAUGGUAUAUAAAGUGAACAUGCUGAAAAAUGCAUUGAAUCAAAUCGACAUAAUCAUAUUACAACAACCUAUUAUCUUUUAUUGAAAAAAUAUAUAUUAGCAGGUAAUAAAUCUAUAGCAGGUAAUAAUGUGAUAUAUAUUAAAAUCCAUAGAUAUAAACUCUGAAUAAUUUGAAGCUUAAAGAAUAUCGACGAGAUAAUCUACAUACACUGAUAGAAAAUUAAUUAAUUAAAUUAAUCCUUUACCAUUAAUCUAAAGAAAAUGUACUUAUUAUACAUCAAUUUUUAUCAUAGCAAGACAUACCUAAUAAAGAGAAGAUUCUCCUAUAGAUACAAAACCAAGAUUAAAUAUUUCAGUCAAUACUCAAAACACAAUCUUAUAAUAAUAAUCUCCAACAAUAAUGAAUAUAUCUGUAGAUGUAAGGAGAAAAGACACAAUGGAUUUUUAGAAAAAUACACUUUUUGAAACUAGUUUAUUAUAAUAGUCUAAUGAUGUUUAGGUUUUGAAAUUAAAGACUCCUAUGUGUAGGAAUUAUAUAUUGGCUGAUUAUUAUGGCAGAUGUUCAAAGCGAUCUAGAAAUUAAGAAAGAAAAAAGUCAACUGAUUAAGAUUAAACUUGUUUUAAGACAUUUUAUAAGGCAAGUCCUAUUAAAAAAAGAUGA